CCGAGGCGAGGCGCUGACGUGAGCUUGGCUCACCUGGGCGGGGAAGGUGAGGGCCGGUGUGGGACUGGGAGCGGAGCCUGCAGUCCCUACCUGCGCAGAGCCAGGUGUUGCUUGCCCAACCGGCCGAGGAGAGCAGUGGCGACGGGUGAUCCUGACUGGGGACUUGGUUCGGAGGGACGUUCGCUUCUGGCAGCCGGAUUGAAGAAAGGUGGGGACGCCAACGUCUGGAGCCUCGCUUGAGGGAGGGAGGACACGCCCGCCGGUGAAGAAGCGUCCCCUCCAGAGUUUGUGGGGAACCUUUGGGUGGCCCAGAGAAAGGAAAACUGACUUGAGGCCCAGCUCUCAGAUCCCUGUGGAUACAACUGCCUGCUCAUCUAUAUCAUGGCUCUCCACCCCCGCAGAGUUCGGCUGAAGCCCUGGUUGGUGGCCCAAGUGGAUAGUGGCCUGUAUCCUGGGCUCAUCUGGCUACAUAGGGACUCCAAACGCUUCCAGAUUCCCUGGAAACAUGCCACCCGGCAUAGCCCCCAACAGGAGGAGGAAAAUACCAUUUUCAAGGCCUGGGCUGUGGAGACAGGGAAGUACCAGGAAGGGGUGGACGACCCCGACCCAGCUAAAUGGAAGGCCCAGCUCCGCUGUGCGCUCAACAAGAGCAGGGAAUUCAACCUGAUGUACGACGGCACCAAGGAGGUGCCCAUGAACCCCGUGAAGAUAUAUCAAGUGUGUGACAUCCCCCAGCCCCAGGGCUCGAUCAUUAACCCAGGAUCCACUGGGUCUGCUCCUUGGGAUGAGAAAGAUAAUGAUGCGGAUGAAGAAGAUGAGGAAGAUGAGCUGGACCAGUCACAGCACCACGUUCCCAUCCAGGACACCUUCCCCUUCCUGAACAUCAAUGGUUCUCCCAUAGCACCAGCCAGUGUGGGCAACUGCAGCGUGGGUAACUGCAGUGUGGGCAACUGCAGCCCCGAAGCAGUGUGGCCCAAAACGGAACCUCUGGAGAUGGAAGUACCCCAGGCACCUAUACAGCCUUUCUAUAGCUCUCCAGAGCUGUGGAUCAGCUCUCUCCCAAUGACUGACCUGGACAUCAAAUUUCAGUACCGUGGGAAGGAGUAUGCGCAGACCAUGACGGUGAGCAACCCCCAGGGCUGCCGGCUCUUCUAUGGAGACCUGGGUCCCAUGCCUGACCAGGAGGAGCUCUUUGGUCCCGUCAGCCUGGAGCAGGUCAAGUUCCCAGGUCCAGAGCACAUCACCAAUGAGAAGCAGAAGCUGUUCACCAGCAAGCUGCUAGACGUCAUGGACAGAGGACUGAUCCUGGAGGUCAGCGGUCAUGCCAUCUAUGCCAUCAGGCUGUGCCAGUGCAAGGUGUACUGGUCUGGGCCAUGUGCCCCAUCGCUUGUUGCCCCCAACCUGAUCGAGAGACAAAAGAAGGUCAAACUGUUUUGUCUGGAAACGUUCCUUAGUGAUCUCAUUGCCCACCAGAAAGGACAGAUAGAGAAACAGCCACCAUUUGAGAUCUACUUAUGCUUUGGGGAAGAAUGGCCAGAUGGGAAACCUCAGGAAAGGAAACUCAUCUUGGUUCAGGAUGAAAUUAUACAUAAUUUAAACUCCAGGACCUAAAUGGAAAACAAGAUGCUUAUCUCUGGUUGCAGGUUCCAACCCUCCUGAAUACUGAUACCUAUGUGUGCCAUGCCAUAUUAAGAAAGUCCAUGUCUGGUCUGCUACCCUUAAAGCAAGCCACCUCCUACUUGCUACUGUAGUUGAGCUAGCUGUAAAGUUGGGCUAGCUUUAUUUCAAAAAACCCUCAAUCACAAGUGGCAAUGGGACUUAUUUAUUUAGACAGCUUAAGCUGUGGUUUUAGGGUCUCUAAGGAACCUAGUAGCAUCUGCUAUUACUAAUGCAUGACCAAGAGAAAUCUGGGUGUUCUAUCUAAGGGACCUAGUAGAAUCUGCUGUUAAUAAAGCAUGACCAAGAGAAAUCUGGGUGCUCAGGUGCUCAGCUGUGAGCAGAAGUUGGGCUUCUAGAGACCAGGAAACAUGCAAGGUAUAGGAACUUUAUAUUUUGGGGGCAUUUUGUUGAGUGGGUGAAGUGAGGGAUUUGGUCUUGAUGUCUGGCUGCCUCUGUCUGUAUCUGCAUAGCUCAAAGUUAGAAAGAAUCCACAGAAAAUACAUUGGGAGGGCAACUGCUGGGUCUGGGCUGGUCCCUUCCCCUUAUUCUGUGAGACGCUAACAGCCAGGCUGUACAUCUGGAUGGGGGCCCAGAAAAUGUGAGCUGGCAAAGGGUGUAGAGAACGGUGUUCUUAAGUGCCAAGAAGGAUUGAACUUUUAGUAUGUGAUUGUAAUGAAAAGCUGAUGAAUAUGUUAGAGGAAUGGAUGAGUGGUUUUAUGUGGUCUUAACCCAGUAGUGUAGUUUCUUCCUUGUUCUUUAUCCUUUUCAGAACACUGGGAGAGUGCAUGCAGGGCUCUCCACUGAUCUCCCUCAGUGCUCCUACUCUGGUCCGGAUGCCAGGUGUCCUUUCUUGGAGACUCGGCCUGCUAUCUCCUUUGGUGGCUACACCACUCAUUCCCUUGGUGUUUUCUGCUUCCUUGCCUUCACCUUGCUUAAGACUGGGAAGGGAGUUAGGUGGUGUCACCAGCUUUUCGUUUUCUUCACUGUCCACCCCACUAAACUAGAUUAGCUGUAGGUGUCAAUUGGGAGGGCAAAUGUUGGAUCUGGACUGGUCCCUUGCCCACAUAAUUAGGUCCCUGGCUAUAUGUUCCCAUAGCACCCUAUUGUUCCUCUUUCAGAAUAAUCAAUUCCCUUGUAAUUGCUCAGUUUGUGUCCUGCAUGACUACAGACUUGCUGGAGGUAGGGACUGUUUGUCUUGGACUUUGCUGCCAGCCCUUAGCACAAUGUCUGGUACAUAGUAUGUUCUCAAAUAUUUAUUGUUAGAAUAAAUGCAUUAACUCAAUACGUCCUUCAUUUCAGAAACUGAUUGCUAACUACCAUGGGACAAUAAAGUAAAUAUGGGGAUGGAAAAAAUUCUAAAAUUAGUUUCUGCUCUGCUUCUGACUCCCUCUGAGCUAAGAACGUUAGCGUGGGAGCCCCUACAAGCUGGACCUCCUUCCAGGCUGGCCCCACCUUUACUCUACAGUGGUCUCUUUUCACAGUCUGAAGAUGCCACCAAGGUACAGCCAGGAGUGAAACUUCCAGUGUAGAUGACUGCAGUUCCCUUAGCCUCUGCCCUGCCCAUGUAUCAAUAAAUUUGGGCUAUUUCUUCAGAUACGAAUUUUCUCAAGAAAUCUUUCCCUUCGUGGUAUGAGUCAUAUCACUGGUAGUUAACCUUUCAGUGAAAUAACUUUUUCUUCGUAAUGACCUGAUUGAAAAGCUUCUGCACUUCUGCCUCUCAUUUCUCAUGUGAAGUCAGCAAACUGAAUUCUUCAACUUGAGCUCCAAGAAGGUGGGGUUUUUGUCUGUUUUCUACGCUGUAAUACUUCCAGCGCCCAGACGCAUACCUAGCACACAUUUGUUCAGAGUAAAUACUCAUGCACUUCACACCCUGCUUAGAGAUGACAAACUUUGGCCAGGACGCCUGUCCACCCACUUCUCGGAAUUCAGCCUCUCAGGAUUUAGGUAGGUCAAAGUAAAAAAC